AUGGCGUUGCACCAUCGGACGAAACGGCUGUACGUUUGCGACGCGUUUCACGGAUUCGGAGUGUUGGGUCCUAAAGGAGGUUUUGUAACGCCACUUUCCACCGCUGCUGAUGCGGAACCUUUCCGCUUCUGCAACGCAGUCUACGUCCAUCAACCGACCGGAAAUGUCUACUUCACCGACGCCAGCAUAAACUUGUUGCUUUUAUCUAAUAUGGCUUACAUUAACAUGCUAAUCAUGUUCUUGCUUUCCUUCUUUGUUUCCUGUUUUCCUUCUGUGUUCCGUUGCGAAAUUUUCCGAACGAUUCCAUUGCCACCGGCCGCUACGGGUCCCCAAUCCAUUGCCUUCGAGCUGGCGACCGGACGGUUCUAUGUCGGUGUAGCUGACGGUAGGAUUCUACAAUACAACGGACUGAAUGGAUUCGCGGAGCACGGGUUUACCGGUCGGAACAGGUCUAAGGCAUUGUGUGAUGGAGUUACUGAUCCGGAUUUGGGGCGAGCGUGCGGAAGACCGUUCGGCUUAGGCCUCCAUUACGCAACGAAUCAGCUCUACAUUUGUGAUGGAUACAUUGGUCUCAUGGUGUUAGGUUCCGGUGGACGACUAGCUGCUCCAGUCUCGACUGGUGCGGAGGGCGUGCCUUACCGCUACUGCAUGGGAAUAGAUGUUCACCAACUAUCCGGAAAUGUCUUUUUCUCUGAUUACACCACUGCCUAUGAUCUAAGAGAUGCUGCGAAAGGGUUGGCGCCGAACGAUUCCACGGACUCAACGGGGAGGUUGUUAAUGUACAACCCGAGCACGAGGCGAGUGACAGUGUUGCUAAGGAACCUCUCAGGGCCAGCAGGGGUAGCAGUUAGCCAAGAUGGGUCAUAUGUUCUGGUCUCCAACUACAAUUCUAACAAUACCAUAAGGUUUUGGCUCAUGGGUCCUAGAGCCGACACCUACGACAUCGUAAACAUCCAGGUGAGGCCGAAAAACAUCCAGAGAACCCUACUCGGAGACUACUGGCAGGCGGCGGCGAUGGUAAAACAAGCGACGCAGACAUUGGUGCCGAUAGGCCAACGGAUCAACGGCUCCGGCAGGGUCCUUCAGACAUUAAAUUUAGAACAAUGGUAUGGCAACAACUUAGUCAGUGAAGUGCAGGAGUUCCGGGGUUCACUAUAUAUAACAUCUCCAUCCGUGGACUUUAUUGGCGUCUAUACGGUCUAA